AUGGAGUUGAUUUCUCUUCCUCUAGUUCUCUUGUUGCUGUCAAAUAUCUUUACCCAGAGUUACAGUGAGAAGAGUCCUAAACCUGUAGUGAGUGUUGAUCCUGACACACAGCUGUUCAGAGGAGAAACUGUUACUCUGAGAUGUGACAUACAGAAUACAGGAGACACUGAGUGGACAUACAGCUGGACUGUAGAGAAGACAAAAAAAAGAAAUAUAAUCACACAAUGCAACACACAAGAGUGUAAAAUCAACAACAUUCAACCAUAUAACAGUGGUAAAUACACCUGUAGAGGAAAGAUACGUGAACAAAACACUGAGAUGAGUGAUGCUGUUACACUGACUGUAUCAUCAGAUAAACCACAGACAGUUUUAAGUGUUUCUCCACAGCAGUGGUUGACUGAAGGAGAUUCAGUGACUCUGAUGUGUGAGGUUAGAAGUUCAUCUACAGGCUGGACAUUCAGCUGGUUCACUGUACAGAAUCUUUACUCAGUGAAUAAAGAUGUUGAUUAUAAGCUGGUGUCAGACAGCAGUGGAGGAUCUAAAGGCAUCUACACAGUGAGUUCAGUGACUGUGAAGCACACAGGAGUUUAUAUGUGCAGAGCAGAGAGAGGAGAUCCAGUCUAUCACACAGAGUACAGUAACACACAAACACUGUGGAUCACUGGUGUUUCUCCUUCAGUCUCUCUGAUCAUCAGACCCAACAGAUCUCAACACUUCUCAUCUGAAUCUCUCUCUCUGAGCUGUGAGGAUCACAGUAACUCUACUGGAUGGACAGUGAGAAGAUACACAGACAAACUGAAACCUUGUUCAUCAUCAGACUGGAGAUCUUCAGGAACAACAUCUACAUGUACAAUCAGAUCUCUCUACACAUCUGAUACUGGAGUGUACUGGUGUCAGUCUGAAUCUGGAGAGAAACUUCAUCCUGUUAAUAUCUCAGUACACAAUGUUGAUGUGAUUCUGGACAGUCCUGUUCAUCCUGUGACUGAAGGAGAUAAUCUGACUCUACGCUGUUUAUAUCGAGGUAAAAACCCCUCUAACCUCACAGCUGAAUUUUAUAAAGAUGGAUCAGUGUUGCAGAAUCAGACUACAGGAGACAUGAUGAUCAUCCCUGCAGUCUCAAAGUCACAUGAGGGUUUCUACUACUGUAAACACCCAGAGAGAGGAGAGUCUCCAAAGAGCUGGAUCUCAGUCAGAGCCACAAGAUCUUCAUCUCUUGGUCUUAUUAAUGGUCUGGGUCUUGGGCUGAGCUUCAUGUUUUUGAUCUUUUUCUUGGUCCUGCUGUGGUGCUACAAAACCAAAAAACUUUCUCGGUCUCCCUCAGCUGUCAGUCAACAGCAGAACAUCAGUCAGACAUCAGAUCAGAAACAGCCUGAAGAUGUUUACAGUCCAUUGCCGACUGACAAUGUAAGUGAAUCAGCUGAUCACAUCUAUGCUAAUAUUAAACUGAAAUCUAAGAAAGAAAUGAAGAAAAAGAUGGAAGACAAGAAAGAUGAUAAAGACACAAGUGCAGACAAUGUAAGUGAAGCAGCUGAUCACAUCUAUGCUAAUAUUGAACUGAAACCUAAGAAAGAAAUGAAGAAAAAGAAGAAAGACAAGAAAGGGAAUUCCAGUGUAGGAGGGAAAACUGUGUACUCUAAACUGAAGAAAGGAGGAGGUCAAGGUGUUGCUUUUGGAUCUGUUGAUGUGGCCUACUCUUAGAUAAAAAAAGGAAAAGACGGCAAUACAGUAGCUAAAGCUUCAUGUGCAUCAGAGUAAAUGCUUCCUAAACUUUGAUUUUCUAAUAGCAUAAAAG